AUGGAAAACAAAUCUAUUGAUUUAUUAAACUUAUCUCAAGAAACUGAUGUUGAUUAGCUCGUAAAUGAAAUAGUAAUGGAAGAACCAAUAAUAACUCCAAACAGAAAGCCUUAAUUAAAAGCUUUAAUUCAAACUCAUGUACUACCUUUGACAAACUGCGCAUUUAACAAAAACGGGGACAAAUUUAUAACUGGUUCAUAUGAUAGAACAUGCAAAAUAUGGGAUACAGAAACUGGAGAAGAAAUUUUUACACUUGAAGGGCAUAAAAAUGUUGUUUAUUGUAUUGCAUUUAAUAAUCCUUUUGGUGAUAAAGUAGCUACUGGUUCAUUUGAUAAAACAGCUAAAAUAUGGGACGCAUUAAGUGGAAAACUUAUAAAUACUUUAGUAGGACAUUAAUAUGAAAUUGUUUGUUUGACAUUUGAUCCAUAAGCUUAGUUGUUAGCAACUGGUUCAAUGGAUUAAACUGCUAAAUUAUGGGAUGUAGAAACAGGCCUUGAAAUAUUUACAUUAAAAGGUCACACAGGUGAAAUAGUAUCUUUGAAUUUUAAUGCUGAUGGCGAUAAAUUGUUAACUGGGUCAUUUGAUAGAACUGCAAUUGUUUGGGAUAUUAGAACUGGUUAAUGUAUUCAUGUACUUGAUGAACAUACUGGUGAAAUAUCUAGUACUUAGUUCGAAUUUACUGGAGAAUUUUGCGCUACAGGCUCAAUUGAUAGAACAUGCAAAAUAUGGGAUAUUGCAACGGGCAAAUGUGUUGAAACCCUUAGGGGACAUGUGGAUGAAGUUUUGGAUAUUGCUUUUAAUUCAACGGGAACAAGACUUGCUACUGCAAGUGCAGAUGGGACGGCUAGAGUUUAUAAUAUUAAUAAUGGAGCUUGUAUAGGAAUUUUAACUGGACAUGAAGGGGAAAUCUCAAAGAUUUCUUUUAACCCUUAAGGUACUAAAAUAGUAACUGCUGGAUUAGAUUGCACUGUAAGAAUUUGGAGUGCUGAAAUAUGUGAAUAAUUAUAGGUUUUGGAGGGACAUACUGACGAAAUAUUUUCUUGUUCUUUUAAUUAUGAAGGAGAUAUAAUUAUUACAGGUUCUAAAGAUAAUACUUGUAAAAUAUGGAAAGAUUAACCAAAUUGAAAUUAUUUAAUAUCUAUAUUUUUCAGUGAGAAUAAUCUAUCUUUAAAAUUAUUAUAUUUAUUUAAAACUUUUUUUAUUUUAUAAUAUUUUUCAUUUAUUGUUAUAAUUUCAAAAUCUAAUGUGUGUUAUAUUUAGUUUUUUCAUAUAUCUUAAACUUCUAAUUUAUAUAUUUUAUUUUAAAAUAAUUUAAUAAAAUAUUUU